UGACCAUGCCCUCUUUCCCUGAAAUCUGCGAGAUCUCUCUCCCUACGCUAAUCCAAGAUCUUGAACUGUCCUCCAAUAUAUAAAGCCUCCACGUACAGAAAUUUUGAGGACCCAAAAAGAACAAGAGAAAACCAAUCUCUCUCUUCUCUCUAGUAAUAGCAAAAUUUGGUUUUCUUGAAUUUGCCCAACAUCAAUAGGAAGAGCGUGACUUUACAGAGGAAAACAAGAGGGGAGUUUCCGAAAUGGUUUCGGUUUCGAUGUUCGAGUUUUUUAUUGCCGAAGAAGCGAUUGUUCAAGAUCGGGAGUGGGAGAAAGAGAGGUAGAAGGCAGUCGUCUCGUAUCCGUGUUUCGAUCUGUUUCUGCAGGCGAUUGUGCUCCUUCAUUUGAGCACGGGAGUUGAUCCGGCGAUGGCCACGUCCGUGUUUCACGACCCCGUGAUCAUACUGGCCCUGGAAACACAAUCAUCUAUGCCCGUUCCCAAUAUCGAUCCGGAGUCCUCAAUUGCUGUAUGCGACUGCUGCGGCCUCACUGAGGAGUGCACGCCGGCCUACAUAGAGUGUGUCCGAGAGCGCCACAAUGGGAAAUGGAUAUGCGGGCUGUGCGCCGAGGCCGUGAAAGAUGAAAUCCUCAGGGACAACGAGAGCCAGAAGGCUGUUGGCACUGAAGAAGCAAUGGCCAAGCUGAGGAGUUUUUGCAAGAGGUCUAGUGAUUCGACGGGGCCGCCUCCGAAUCCGACGGUGCUUCUGAUAUCUGCGGUGAGGCAGAUCCUGAAGAGGGGUUUGGAGUCGAGAUCGGCUCCUGGAAGCCCUUCUAGGAACUUGACAAAAAUCCCUGGUGUUCGCACAUUGGUCCAAUCUUAAAGGAAUGAAUUGGAGACUUCAAAAAUAGGUCCACUUGGGUAUGAUUCAUAUAAUAUGUGAUAGGUAUAGCAACAAAAGGGAAACAGAGUUCAAGAAAAAGGAAAGAUUUGUUCAAUGUAGUGGUUUGGUGGAUAUCAGUAUCAUGUACUCAGAAGCAGAGAACUGUUAAAAAUCCAAAAAUAAAAGAGGAAAGUAAACAAAAGGGUGAGCAUGUAUAUAAAUAACUGGAAAAUCCGAGAACAUGACCAUGAUUUUCCUUGGUA